AUGUUAAGAAAAAUAGUAGCUGAAGAUAAAAACAUUACAACUAUUAACGGAACAUAUUAUGACCUCACUUAUAUCCUUCCUAACCUUAUUGCUAUGGGAAUACCUACUACAGGCAUUACGAAACAAUGGAGAAAUUCUAAAAAUGAAAUUGCAGAAUAUUUAAAUCAACAUCACCCACACCAUUAUAUGAUUUGGAACUUAACAGAAAAGUCAUACUCUUCACUUGAAUUUGAAAAUAGAGUUCAACACGUUGGAUUUUUGGAUCAUCAUCCUCCUCGUUUUAAUCAUUUACUUAAAGUAGUUGGUGAGAUUGUAAAUUUUUUACAAAGCGAUCCAAAUAAUGUUGCUUGUGUUCAUUGUAAAGCAGGAAGAGGAAGAACUGGAUUAGUUUGUUCAUGUGUAUUAAUAGGACUUGGGAUUUAUUCAAAUGCAAAAGAAGCUAUGGAAUUCUUUGCAAAAAGAAGAUCAAAAAUAAAUAAAGGAUCAACGUCUCCUCCCCAAGUUAGAUAUUGUUAUGCUUUUGAUUAUUAUAUGAAAGUAUUUAACAAUACAAUUCCAUAUACUCCAAUACCUAAUUAUAAGGUUCAAUUAAAAAGUGUUACAUUCAAUGAAUUUAAACAUUGUAUAGUUCCACGUGAUUUUAAUGACACGGCACAUCCAGUUCUUUAUUUUACACCUUUAUCUCACUCAGAACCAAAACCACAACUUUGUAAAUAUCCACAAAAAUGGGUUCAAACUGGAGAUGGAUCUUUUAUUAUUUCAUUCACAGAUAGACAAAUAGUUAAUGACCAAAUGGUUAUUUUAACUGUAGAAAUUAAAGAUAAAAUAGUGGUAUUAGGAAAAAUAUUACUUCCUGCUUUUUUUAUUGACGCAAAUUAUAUUUAUUCUAUGGGAAUUGAUAAACUUCAAGACCCAACUGAAGGAGUUAAUAGAAAUCAAAUGGGACUUCCACCAAAUUUUAUGAUGAAAUUCUUUUUUAGACCUGCAGAAAAAGUAAGCGAUGAAAUUGAAGAAUUACACUCUAAAAUUAUUGAACAAGUUCAUUUAUCUCCAUUGGACGUUAUGGAAAAAGAUGUUCCACCUCCUUUACCAGAAAAACGUCCCUCACAAGAUGAAGUUGUAUUACUUUCUCUUCAAACUAAAAAGAAAGUACCACCUCCUCUACCAAAACAAAGUCACCCAAAAUUGACACACUCAACUCAAAAUGAAAAAUUUAUGUCUUUUAAACCAAAAACAUUUCAAACAACUGAAGAUUCAACAACUAUUUCCUUCCAAAAUAGUUUAUUUACUAACGAAAAUUCAUUAUUAUAA